GGGGGAAACGGCAGUGGAUGAGAUGCAGGCAUUUGCUGUGUUGCACCUUCUUGAUAUCUACUUCAAUUUGUCAGGGGAAAAUAUUUAAUGUAAACCACUGUUUUGUUUCUUAGGAUAUAAUGGAGAUAACCUUUAAAGUGUUGAAGUUCAUGUUGCUCUCUGGGCCUUGGUGGAUGAGUGACCAAAUUGCACUGGCCAGUCCAUUCCCCCUCUGUGAAUGGAACUUUCCACAAAAACCUGGUGAGAACGACAACACAGCAAACCACAGGCUGCGAGUAAACUGCUCAGGGCUGGGACUUGGGUCGGUGCCCUCAGCCCUACCCUCUCAGAUGAAAGCGCUGGAUCUGAGUUAUAAUAACAUCACUGAAAUCAAGUGGUUUGACUUCACGCACGACUCAUGUCAUGUCACCGAGCUCAUUCUUAGUCACAAUUCCCUUGGCAAGAUUGAUGGUGGGGCUUUGUCCAGCCUGCUUGGACUAAAAGAGCUGAAUCUCAGCAGCAACACUCUUGCUGUUGUGACUGAGGACAUGUUUCGAGGACUGAGGGACCUCAAAGUGCUUGAUUUGAGACAUAACCAGCUACACUGGAUCCAUAAAAUGGCAUUUAUUGACCUGGCAAACUUGGAGGUCUUAUGGCUUCAGAACAACAACCUUCGUACCGUUCCAGACGCUGUUAACGUACUAACUGGGCUAAACACAUUGUCAUUGGGAACAAAUCAGCUUUCUCAGCUGCAGACUGGAGAUCUCAAUCGCUGCACAGAACUAAAGAUACUGCAACUGGAGGACAAUCAGAUAUCCAUUUUGGCAGCUGGAACAUUUCAAAACCAUGAAAACCUGAGGACUGUUGAUUUAAGUUCUAACCGACUGGAGGAGUUUCCUGACACCAUGGUUACGCUUCUCUGGGAGCGGGGAGUCAACCUGCAUCUCCAUGGCAACUCCCUGAGGUGCGGCUGUGGAUCAGGGCAGACAGGUGAAGGUCCUGCGUGGCUGACUGACACCGUGCUGUGUCAGGGGAUCGGACCCCUGCAGAGGGAGAGAGCACCUCUGAGGGUCCAUACAACGGUCACCCUUACUGGGGUUCCAGGUCAAUCUCUGAUGAUGCCAUGCGAGGACAAUCAUCAUGGAGGAAUAAUUAAGUAUUGGAAAACUCCUAUUGGAUGGCUGACGAGCCGAAACUCCUGCCACAGCUACAGUGACAUGAAAUGCCACUGCAAUGGAAGUCUGACUAUAGUGAACAUUAGCUGUCACCUCAGUGGCCUUUAUUACUGUUUCAAAGAGGACAGUCAUGAGAGAGGCCUCUUCCCAUACAGAGUUCUACCAUUGGGUACCUGUCAGAAUCCCAUGCCUAAAUCAAGGCUGCCUAGAGAACUGAAGGCUGAGUCACAAGACACAGUUUCUGACAGUCACUUUGUAGCUGCUGUGACAUCAUCUGUGUUGGUGACCUUUAUUGGAGGGUUUGCCCUAGGUGCAUUCAGCAGGUCCCAUCUUAUUACAUGCCUGCAGAAAACAAAGUCACGUUUACGCUUUAAAAGAGGCGAGAGAAGCAGAACCUCAGAGGACAACACUGACCAAAUCUCCAUGGAAACAAGCCCUUCUGGAUUCACCAGUUAUGGGGAUGGUGAUGCCCCUAGCAUAACACCCUCUCCCCCUACCAAGGCUCCACGGAGCUUCCGCUCAAAGCGGGAGCAGCCAGAGGACAGCACGCCCCCGAAGGACAGUGACAACGUGGAUGUCUCCAACAGUGCAAUUCCAGUCAGCACAGACCAGGAACCUCCAGAGACAGAUCUCCAACUGGAACCUCCCGAGACUGAUCUCCAACUGGAGGACCCAGAGACUGAUCUCCGACAGGAACCUCCCGAGACUGAUCUCCAACAGGAACUUCCCAAGACUGAUCUCCAACGGGAACCUCCCGAGACUGAUCUCCAACUGGAGGACCCAGAGACUGAUCUCCGACAGGAACCUCCAGAGACUGACUCCAACAGUGCAACUCCAGCCAACGCAGACCAGGAACCCCGAGAGACUGACCUCCAGCCGAAGGCCCCAGUGCCACCAAGGCCGACGGCGAGACGAAGCAGAGUGAUCAAGCUCUACAACUACAACGAAGACGGCGAACACUACAGUCACAUCAGAGACCCAGAGGUGGACACGGCCAAAGGAGUUCCACAGCCAAAGCAAAGGAUAAGGUCUCUGAGCCGCCUAAACGCCAUCAUGAGCUCUGUGGAGACACCAGCCCUCAGCACAAACACAGGCCCACACACGCAGUCAGACCAGGAGUCCGAACUGGGCCACUCAAGUGAGGAGGAGGAAUCCAUUAGUGGCAGGCAGCACAUUGAAUAGAUGAUGUGGCCAAAAGGCUUUUCCUGUAUGCUCAUGUGUUUCCGGUGGAGCAUUAACUGUGUUUUAACGACAUCUUCUAUUUUAAUUCUGCUCCUUACAUCUUCACUCCGACACUGAAUAUCUUGUUUGCCCAAUAAUAACAAUUUUAACACAGACUUAAAUCCUUUUUUUAUCAUAACGUGCCGAUUCCCUAAUGCAACACCCAACCAGGUCCAUGAAGACACUAAUUACAUUAGCAAUGGCUGCAAGUUCAAACACACCUGGCUCCACCGGAAACAGACCAGUGCACAGAGAGCAUUUUGUGUACAGUCUAUUAGAUAUCCGAGAGUUCAAUUUAACUCCAUUCAACUCUAGCAGCUUUGUAAUUUCAAUAAUGUGUUUUUUGGAUAUGGAGCAAAAAUCAAUCUUGUGUAAAUUAUUAGAAUUAUGGCUAACAAAAUAUAAUUUAAUAACAUUGUAAUAAAUAACAUUUGUUGUAGGAUUACUUAAAAUAUUUCAUUUAACAAAAUAUUUUAUUUUAAAUGUGUUAAGUUUCCACCAUGUGUUAAAAAGUUGUUCAUCAUCAGCACAGCCAGAGAUUUCACAGGAAGUGGCAUUUGUUUUGCGUUCAUGUUUACAUUAAUUAGCACACUUCUGUACAAAAAAAGUAUAUUUUAACCAAGGACCAAACUAAACACACUAGAGGUAGCUCAGACCUACCCUAAGUAUUCCCAGAGAAAUUACAUGCAGGGUUUCGUUUUUGUUUGUUUUCGAAGCCUACGCUGCCUCCAGAUACCGUAUUUUUUACAGCGUAAUCAUGCAAUGUGCAGCUAGUGGUUAUGAGGACUUGAUUGCUGAAUGUGACAAAAAAAAUGCUAUGGGUUAGAAAUCACGUAAAACCCCUGACUGUGCCUUUGAAACUGUAGUGUAAUAUCGUAAUUACAAGAUUUGUGCACACAUUUUGUCCCACAAUGUCAAUAAAGAAAGACUUUGAUACAA